AACGAAGAACCCAAUCUCCUUCUCUCUCUCUCUCCUCUCUCUCUCCUCUCUCUCUCCUCUCUCUCCUCUCUCUCCUCUCUCUCCUCUCUCUCCUCUCUCUCCUCUCUCUCCUCUCUCUGUAAAUAGAAGAAUCUCCCAUUGUCUUAAUUCCCGUGCAUUUCUAGUUUUUCUUUUCUCUCUUCCUUCAAAAAUUUGCUCCUUUGUUAAGAGAAACAACAUCAUCAAGUCUUUAGAUGCAUUAAAUUGAGAAUCCAAAAAAUUCUAAUCUUUUUAAAGUAAUUAAAGAUAGACCUUUCUUUUUAGUGUUGUUUGAUGAUGAAGAGAUUAAGCAGCUCAGAUUCAGUGGGUGGUCUCAUCUCUUUAUGUCCCACUACUUCUACAGAUGAGCAGAGUCCGAGAAGAUACGGAAGAGAGUUCCAGUCGAUGCUUGAAGGUUACGAGGAGGAAGAAGCCAUAAUUGAGGAAAGAGGACAAACCGGUUUAUCUGAGAAGAAGAGACGGUUAAGCAUUAACCAAGUUAAAGCCUUGGAGAAGAAUUUCGAGUUAGAGAACAAGCUUGAGCCUGAGAGGAAAGUCAAGUUGGCUCAAGAACUUGGUCUUCAACCUCGUCAAGUAGCUGUUUGGUUUCAGAACCGCCGUGCACGGUGGAAGACAAAACAGCUUGAGAAAGAUUACGGUGUUCUUAAAACCCAAUACGAUUCUCUCCGCCAUAAUUUCGACUCCCUCCGCCGUGACAAUGAAUCCCUCCUCCAAGAGAUUAGUAAAUUGAAAUCUAAGCUUAACGGAGGAGCAGAGGAAGAAGAAGAAGAGGAAGAGAACAACGCAGCGACGAUGGAGAGUGAUAUUUCAGUCAAGGAGGAAGAAGUUUCGUUGCCGGAGAAGAUGACAGAACCGCCGUCAUCUCCUCCGCAGCUUCUAGAACAUUCCGAUAGUUUCAAUUACCGGAGUUUCACCGAUCUCCGUGAUCUUCUUCCAUUAAAGGCUGCAGCUUCUUCCUUCGCCGCCGCUGGAUCUUCAGACAGCAGCGAUUCGAGCGCCGUGUUAAACGAGGAAAGUAGCUCUAACGUUACGGUGGCUCCGGUGACGGUUCCCGGCGGUAAUUUCUUCCAGUUUGUGAAAAUGGAGCAGGCGGAGGAUCACGACGACUUUCUAAGUGGAGAAGAAGCUUGCGGUUUUUUCUCCGAUGAACAACCGCCGUCUCUACACUGGUACUCCAACGUUGAUCACUGGACUUGAAUCUUUAGAAACGGGUAGAGAUUUUGGAUUGGAUUAAAUGCUCUGUUUCUUCUCUGUGAAUUCGAUGGAGAAGAUAGAAACAGAGGAUGGCAAAAUUGGAAUAAUCGUCAAACUUGAAGGGUGAAUGGGAAAAUAAGGAGGGUUAAACCUGGGCGGGAAAUAAUUAAUUAGGGUGGAUUUGUAAUUAUGCUUUCUCUGGCGUUUCGUGCACUUCUUGUAAUUAAGGAUCAUGAGAAUUGAGAAAGGGGUAAAAAUUUCAACACGGAAUCUUUUUAAUCAAUAUCAA